AUGUCCAGUAGAUUGAGUUUGGAUGAUGCGUACAGUUUUCUCAUCGAUAGUUCACUGGUUGAGCCGAUCACCCCGUUUCGGCUGGCGUUGUAUCUCUUGAUCCGCGUUGUGGAUAAUUAUUAUCAGCAACAUCCGAUUGCUCCUCAAGAGCGUUGCUUGCUUUCGGCGAUUCUGCAACGUUUGCUACAAGCCGCAAAUCUAAGCUUCCUGGAGCUAAUCGAAAUUUUACGAAUAUCGCUACGACCCUGCAUACCAGAGCUCUACACUCUCUUCCUGGCAAAAGUGAGAAGCCAUAGUGAUGAUGUGGAAAUACUGAUAAGUCGUGAUUUUCUACAGCCGUCACGAAGGCAUGAGCGUGAUCACUCGUUUAUUUUCCCGAAAGGCCUCUUUGGCAUUUUCAUUCGCAAG